CUUAUCCCUUCCCCUGCCGUAGCCGGCGUUCAUGCCCCCACUGGUCCAUACAGUGGUUUCAUUCAAUGACAACGGCCGCGUUGCGACUGCGACUGCCAAGAGCUCCGGCCACCGCCACUCUCACCGUGGUGCCCGGUCAGUACGCACUCUCGGAGGAGGAGCCCCCGCCGCGCCGCCCCAACACGGCCCACCUCAAUGCGCUGCUCACGUCGUACGGCCGCCGCGGCCGCCUCCCUGACGCCCAGCAGCUGUUCGACCAAAUGCCCCGCCGGGACGUCAUCUCCUGGACCGCUCUCCUCACCGCCUACGCCGACAACGGCGACCUCGCCUCCGCGCGCCUCGUCUUCGACGACAUGCCCCGCCGCAACGCCCCCUCCUGGAACGCCCUGCUCUCGGUCUACCUCCGCGCGGGGCAACCAGCCGCCGCUCACGCGCUCUUCUCCAAGAUGCCGGUCAGGAACGCGGUGUCCUAUGGCGCCAUGAUCACGGGGCUCGCCAGGGCAGGGAUGCUUCGUGAGGCUGAGGCUGUGUAUGCGGAGAUGCCACAGCAGUGGCGUGACCCAGUAGGGUCAAAUGCGCUGAUGGCCGGGUACUUGAGGGCUGGGAAGCUUGGCAUGGCGUUGAGGGUGUUUGACGGAAUGGCGGUGAGGGAUGUCAUAUCCUGGAGCGCGGUCGUCGAUGGGCUCUGCAAACACGGAAGCGUGUCGGAGGCGAGGAAGGUGUUUGAGACCAUGCCAGAGCGGAAUGUGGUGUCGUGGACCUCGAUGAUUCGUGGAUAUGUGAAACUUAGGAUGUACAGAGAUGCUCUGUUGCUGUUCCUGGACAUGAGAAGGGCAGGUGUUCAGGUUAAUACAACGACACUCUCAGUUGUGCUGGAUGCUUGUGCUGAGGCUUGCCUUGUCAGAGAAGGAGUUCAGAUUCACAGUUUGAUUGUAGCAAUGGGUUUUGAAAUGGAUGUUUUCUUGGGCGAUUCAAUAAUCAUCCUGUAUUCCCGGUUUGGUUGGAUGGUUGAUGCUAGAAGGGUGUUUGCUUGCAUGAAGUGGAAAGACAUAGUAUCAUGGAACUCAUUGAUCACAGGCUAUGUUCAGCAUAACUUGGUUGAAGAAGCACAUGUCCUGUUCAAGUUAAUGCCUGAGAAGGAUGCUGUUUCUUGGACAUCGAUGGUUGUUGGGUUCGCUAACAGGGGUUGGAUGAGGGGGUCUGUUGACCUGUUCGAGCAAAUGCCAGGAAAAGAUGAGGUUGCUUGGACUGCAGUCAUUUCUAGUCUUGCUACAAAUGGAGACUAUGUAAGUGCAGUGCGGUGGUUUUGUCGCAUGGCACGAGAAGGGUGCAAACCUAAUACAGUAGCUUUUAGUUGUCUACUCAGUGCUUUGGCUAGCUUGACAACAUUGAAUCAGGGAAUGCAAGCUCAUGCGUAUGCAAUCAACAUGGGAUGGGUAUUUGACUCUUCUGUUCACACUUCUCUGGUAUCAAUGUACGCAAAAUGCGGAAGGUUGGCUGAGGCUUAUCGCGUUUUCUCAGCCAUUAGCAGUCCAAGUCUUAUCGCUACUAAUUCUAUGAUUACAGCAUUUGCGCAACAUAAUUUUGCUGAAGAUGCAUUCAAGCUUUUUACCGAAAUGCAAAUUGAUGGCCACAAGCCUAACCAUGCGACAUUCGUGGGAAUUCUGACUGGCUGUGCACGUGCUGGUCUGGUUCAAGAAGGUUACAACUACUUUGAGUCAAUGAGAUCAGUCUAUGGCAUUGAACCAAACCCUCACCAUUAUACAUGUAUGGUUGAUCUUUUAGGUCGUGCUGGCCUCCUUGCGGAAGCACUGGAAAUGAUUAACUCGAUGCCCCAGAAUGAUCAUUCUGAUGCAUGGGCAGCUUUGCUCAGUGCUAGUAGUCUCCAUUCUAAUCUUGCUUAUGCAAAAAUAGCAGCACAGAAGCUUCUUGAGUUGGAUCCUUAUGACGCAGCAGCUUAUACCGUCCUGUUAAAUAUGCUCUCAUCUGCGGGGAUGAAGGAUGACGGAGACAUGCUAAAAGUUCUACAGUUGUCCAACAUGGCCAGUAAAACCCCUGGCUAUAGCCUUAUUAUACAGGAUAAGGCUGCAGAAAACAGAAUACAUAGUGAACACUUAUAGACUUGUAGUUCUAGAUAAUUGGCAAGCCAAAACCCAAAAUAAUAAUUUCGUACCACAACUGUUGUAAUGCCGAGAGUUGAUGUUGAUUUUAUUGAUCAUGUUGAGACAAGAAAAUUGAUAGAUGAUUUCAGAAAGAGCUCGCAUGAUCAUGUGCAGUCCCUGUUUUAAUGCAAUGAAAAAGUUGAGGAUUCUA